CGUUUCAUACAGGCAAUGAUUUUUGCUAUCGAAGAAAUAAAUAAGGACCCAGAUCUCCUUCCAAAUCUUACGCUGGGCUACAGGAUUUAUGAUUCGUGCAAUCUGCCUCAUUUUUCCGUAAAAGCUGCUUUCGAAUUGAUAAACGGUCAGGAGCCAACAUUUUCAGACCAGUCCUGUCUACAAUCCUCCUUGGUUCCUGCCAUUAUUGGUGAUUCGGGAUCGUCACAGUCUUUGGCAGUAGCGGCCUCAAUCGGUCCUUUCCGGAUUCCCAUGAUUAGCUAUUUCGCCACUUGCGCAUGUCUCAGCAACAGGAGAGAAUUCCCCUCGUUUUUUCGAACGAUCCCAAGUGAUUACUUUCAGGCGAAAGCUUUAGCCCAACUCGUCAAGCGGUUUGGAUGGACCUGGAUUGGGACGGUUAAAAGCGACAACGAUUACGGUCAUUUUGGGAUGCAGGCGUUCACGGAGACCGUUCAGCAGCUUGGAGUUUGUAUUGCUUUCGCCGAGUCUUUCCACAGAUCGGAUUCGGAAGAAAAGUUACUUCAUAUUGUUCACAUUAUACAAACAUCCACUGCGAAAGUUGUCGUGGCGUUUCUCGCCCAAAGGGAUAUGGCCAUUUUACUGAAAGAAAUUGCACGACAAAAUAUAUCAGGUGUACAGUGGGUCGGGAGUGAAGCCUGGAUCGCAACCUCGCUUCUCCAGCCAGAUGAAAGUAAAAGAUUCGUUACUGGAGCCAUUGGGAUUGCGAUACGUAGCGUGAAUAUCCCAGGAUUCAAGAACUUCUUAAUGCGCCUUCAUCCGUCUGUUUACCCUGGGAAUCCUAUAGUGGAAGAGUUUUGGGAAAAAGCGUUCCGUUGUAGCCUGAGAACGACAGAAAACUAUACAGGCAGCAGCACACCGUCUGUCAUUCAGAGCAAUCAGUGCACUGGAAGAGAGAGCCUACAGACAGUGGCCAACACCUAUACAGAUGCAUCUCAACUGAGAGUUACCAAUAAAGUUUAUGAAGCUACUUAUGCUGUAGCGCAUGCGCUUCAGAAUAUGUUUUCAUGCGAAAAUGGUAAAGGCCCAUUUGUGAAUGAAUCUUGUGCAAAUAUUUCAAAUUUUCAUCCCUGGCAGCUUUUGCAUUACAUGCACGAAAUAAAUUUCACGACUAAAAUUGGAGAAAGGGUAAAUUUCGACGAAAAUGGGGACUCGGUGGCAACGUACGAUAUUGUAAACUGGCAGCUGAAUAGUGAGGACGAUGCUGUUGUUCUGACAGUUGGGCAUUAUGACGGAUCCGCGUCCCCAGGAGAACAAGUCAUGAUAAAUGAAGGAUCGAUUGUUUGGAGCGGUGGUCAAAGCAAGGUCCCUCGAUCAAUUUGCUCCGACAGUUGCUCACCCGGAACGAGGAAAGCUGCACGAAAGGGACAGCCGAUUUGUUGUUUUGAUUGCAUACAGUGUGCGGAAGGAGAAAUUAGUAACACCACAGAUUCAAUUGAUUGUAUCAAAUGUUCCAGCAAUUCCUGGCCCAAUGCAAACCAAGACCAGUGCCUAGAGAAGGAGCUUGACUAUCUUUCAUUUGUGGGCAUCAUGGGAAUCGUUUUGACCACUCUGGCGUUGGUUGGAGCUUUCGCCACAGCAACUAUUGGCGGGAUUUUCUUGUUUUACAAAGACACCCCAAUCGUGAAAGCCAAUAAUUCGGAGCUCAGUUUCCUCCUCCUCUUCGCACUGACUCUCUGUUUUCUGUGUUCUCUUGCAUUCAUCGGCCAACCGUCUGGAUGGUCUUGUACGUUGCGCCACACGAUGUUCGGUAUUAUUUUCGUCCUCUGCCUUUCUUGCAUUUUGGGGAAAACAAUUGUGGUGGUGAUGGCAUUUCAGGCGAAAUUUCCCAGCAGUAACGUGGCCAAAUGGUUCGGUCCUGUGCAACAACGCCUGGCUGUGUUAUGUCUUAUUCUGGUACAAUGCUUAAUCUGCAUCGUCUGGCUAAUGACAUCACCGCCCACUCCUGUCAAAAACACGAAAUAUUUUAAAGAAGUAAUCGUUCUGGAAUGUGAUGUGGGAUCUGAAGUAGCCUUUUACUGCGUCCUUGGUUACAUUGGAUGCCUGUCUGCUGUUUGCUUUGCUGUGGCAUUUCUAGCUCGAAAUUUGCCGGAGAGUUUCAAUGAGGCUAAAUACAUCACAUUCAGUAUGCUUAUAUUCUGCGCUGUUUGGAUAUCAUUCAUUCCGGCUUAUGUCAGCUCCCCUGGCAAGUUUACUGUAGCUGUGGAAGUGUUUGCUAUUUUGGCAUCCAGCUUUGGUUUACUUUUCUGUAUUUUUGCUCCUAAAUGUUAUAUAAUAUUGCUGAAACCAGAGAAAAAUACGAAAAAGCAAUUGAUGGGUAGGGUGCUCUCUUAA